GCGGGCUGCGCCACUGCCGUGGUGGCCGCGGUGUUAACCUGGCUUUACUCUGACAACGACCUCGCGGCCCGAGAGCCUUUUAGCUUACAUUCUCUGUGGAAGAUGUGACAUAUCCAGACAGUACAUCAUGAUGCAGGGCAAUACAUGUCAUAGAAUGUCAUUCCACCCAGGACGAGGGAGUCCCCGAGGUGCCCCUUCCACCACAUUCUCGAACUCUCCAGCCCCCAAUUUUUUGCCUCCACGACCAGACUUUGUACCCUUCCCUCCACCCAUGCCUCCGUCAGCACAAGGCCCUCUUCCCCCCUGCCCAAUUAGGCCCCCUUUCCCCAACCACCAGAUGAGGCACCCCUUCCCAGUGCCUCCCUGUUUUCCUCCCAUGCCACCUCCGAUGCCCUGUCCUAAUAAUCCCCCAGUCCCUGGAGCACCUCCUGGACAAGGCACUUUCCCCUUCAUGAUGCCCCCUCCUUCCAUGCCUCACCCCCCACCCCCUCCGGUCAUGCCACAGCAGGUUAAUUAUCAGUACCCUCCAGGGUACUCGCACCACAGUUUCCCACCUCCCAAUUUUAAUAGUUUCCAGAACAACCCCAGUUCUUUCCCGCCCAGUGCUAAUAACAGCAGUAGUCCUCACUUCAGGCAUCUCCCCCCAUACCCACUCCCAAAGGCUCCCAGUGAAAGAAGGUCCCCAGAAAGGCUCAAACACUACGAUGAUCACAGGCACCGAGAUCACAGUCAUGGGCGAGGUGAGAGGCAUCGGUCCCUGGAUCGUCGGGAUCGAGGCCGAAGUCCUGACAGGAGAAGACAAGACAGCCGCUACAGAUCCGAUUAUGACCGAGGGAGAACGCCAUCUCGCCACCGCAGCUAUGAGCGGAGCAGAGAGCGGGAACGGGAGAGACACAGGCAUCGGGACAGCCGAAGAUCACCAUCUCUGGAAAGGUCCUACAAAAAAGAGUAUAAGAGAUCUGGAAGGAGUUAUGGUUUACUGGUUGUUCCUGAACCUGCUGGAUGCACACCAGAAUUACCUGGGGAGAUUACUAAAAAUACAGAUUCUUGGGCCCCACCCCCGGAGACUGUGAUUCAGAGUCUGGAGGGAGGCAGUGGCUGGUACUUGUUUGGUGGCUCGGUGACAGCAGGGCUCUGCUGUCUUCUUGAGCAUCCUCCACAGGGAGAUUCUACUGUAGUUGGGACAAGUAGACUCCGUGACUUAUAUGACAGAUUUGAGGAAGAGUUGGGGAGCAGGCAAGAAAAGGCCAAAGCUGCCAGACCACCGUGGGAACCUCCAAAGACCAAGCUAGAUGAAGAUUUAGAGAGUUCCAGUGAAUCUGAGUGUGAGUCUGAUGAAGACAGCACCUGUUCUAGCAGUUCAGACUCGGAAGUUUUUGACGUCAUUGCAGAAAUCAAACGCAAAAAGGCCCACCCUGACCGACUGCACGACGAACUUUGGUACAACGACCCAGGCCAGAUGAAUGAUGGACCACUCUGCAAAUGCAGUGCAAAAGCGAGACGCACAGGAAUUAGGCACAGCAUUUAUCCUGGAGAAGAGGCCAUCAAGCCCUGUCGUCCAAUGACCAACAAUGCUGGCAGACUUUUCCACUACCGGAUUACAGUCUCCCCUCCUACAAACUUUUUAACUGACAGGCCAACUGUUAUAGAAUACGAUGAUCACGAGUAUAUCUUUGAAGGAUUUUCUAUGUUUGCACAUGCCCCCUUGACCAAUAUUCCACUGUGUAAAGUAAUCAGAUUCAACAUAGACUACACAAUUCAUUUCAUUGAAGAGAUGAUGCCUGAGAAUUUUUGUGUGAAAGGGCUUGAACUCUUUUCACUGUUCCUAUUCAGAGACAUUUUGGAAUUAUAUGACUGGAAUCUUAAAGGUCCUUUGUUUGAAGACAGUCCUCCCUGCUGCCCAAGAUUUCACUUCAUGCCACGUUUUGUAAGAUUUCUUCCAGAUGGAGGAAAGGAGGUGUUGUCCAUGCACCAGAUUCUCCUCUACUUAUUACGGUGUAGCAAAGCCCUAGUACCUGAAGAGGAGAUUGCCAAUAUGCUUCAGUGGGAGGAGCUCGAGUGGCAGAAAUAUGCAGAAGAAUGCAAGGGCAUGAUUGUCACCAACCCCGGAACGAAACCAAGCUCUGUCCGCAUCGAUCAACUGGAUCGUGAGCAGUUCAACCCCGAUGUGAUUACGUUUCCGAUUAUCGUCCACUUUGGGAUACGCCCUGCACAAUUGAGUUAUGCAGGAGACCCACAGUACCAGAAACUGUGGAAGAGUUAUGUGAAACUUCGCCACCUCCUAGCAAAUAGUCCCAAAGUCAAGCAAACCGACAAACAGAAGCUGGCACAGAGGGAGGAAGCUCUUCAAAAAAUACGACAGAAGAAUACAAUGAGGCGAGAGGUAACCGUGGAGCUAAGUAGCCAAGGAUUCUGGAAAACUGGCAUUCGUUCUGAUGUCUGUCAG